CGUUGUUCUGUUCACGAGGGAUAACAAUAACAUUAAGGAAGGAGAGAAGAAGAAUUUGCCAACCACCAUAAAUAAAAGAAGAAGAAGAGAGAAGAAGAAGAGCUGGGUCGGUCCUUCUAUCGAGGAGAAUGCGCUCCCUCGUCGGGCUAGCUGCUGUUGUGACCGCAGCCAGCUUGUACCUGUACUGUCUGUCUCUGUACCUCCCAGCGGGACCACGGAGACGUCCUCAGCCGGGUCCAGAGGCUGGAGAUGUGGAAGGCAGAGAGUCCGAGCAGAGCAGUGUCACCUCCGACGGAUUCGGCAGGUUGAAGUUCCCAUCAGACCUGGAAGAGCUGCGAGAACUGGCUGAGCUCCUGCAGUUCUACAAAACGGAGCACACUGGAUAUGUCCUGCUCCUGUUCUGUAGCGCAUAUCUCUACAAGCAGUCCUUUGCUAUCCCUGGAUCGUCUUUCCUGAACAUUCUUGCAGGAGCUAUCUUUGGACCGUAUGAAGGGCUGCUUCUCGCCUGUGUGCUCACCACUGUGGGCUCCACCAUGUGCUUCCUGCUGUCCCAAUCCUUCGGAAAACGUUACAUCGUGAAUUUCUUUCCAGAUAAAGUUUCCAUGUUGCAGAAAAAGGUGGAAGACAAUCGAGACUGUUUGUUCUUCUUCCUGCUCUUCCUGAGGUUUUUUCCCAUGACUCCCAACUGGUUCCUGAACAUGUCUGCCCCAAUAGUCAACAUCCCUAUCACAUUCUUCUUCUGCUCAGUAUUUAUUGGCCUGCUGCCCUACAACUUCAUCUGCGUACAGACUGGUGUCAUGCUGUCUGAGGUGUCAUCGCUGGACGACCUGUUUUCUUGGGAGCGCCUCCUGCAGCUGCUGGCCAUCGCCUGCGUGGCUCUGGUGCCCAGCGCCCUCAUACGACGCUUCAGCCAGAGGCGUCUCAAACUGGGCGUACAACCCCAGAAUGGAGUGGACACGGAUAGGAAGGGUCAAUGACUCUCUAAGUUUUUAAUCCACUGAGUUUUCUGAUGCCUUUUGCUCUCCAGAGCAAACCUGUUCAGGGUGGCUGCUGUUCAGAAAAAACUUUGACAGUUGAUUUAUGUUAUUAUCUUACAUUUUCUCCUGUUCAGGAGUGCUUUGCCCCUUCAGGCGUUUGGAAUUACUGCUCUUGUGAAAACUACAAAUGUAUUAGAUGGGUUUCUUUUCUGGUGUUUUGUGGAUACAGUGCUUUGGUAAAAUGUGAAUUUUAUAGUAAUAAUGAGGAGAGAAAGCCUUUAAACAAAUGUCUUCAGACUGUUUGUUUAAACUUUGUAUCCAAAGUGCCUCUUUUGCAGUUCUGGCCUUAAAAUUCUACCUCCAUGGACUCUGUGACCCGCUGAAGGCCUGCCCUGCUUUAUGGUUCUGAUAACUGUCUGAUGAGUUUAUAGAUGUGCUGUUAAUAACUGAAAAUUCA